GGCCCCGCCCUCCCGCGGCGUUUCCUAGUUCUCUGGUUCUUCCGUCGCCUGCUUCAGCAGCCCGCGCCCGGGCAGAGUGUUCCUUGAAGAAGGCAGUCGGGAAGUUCAAAUUUCUUCUGUUUACGUACAAAGUGUUCAUUUGAAGUUUGCCUUAUACCUCUCCAAACCGAGCCUCUGAUGUUCCAGGCCGAACUCGCACCUUCCCGAGCCUUCUCCAUCUCAGUAAACAUUGGGAAACUUGGUUAUGCCAAAAACCUUGGUGCCGGUCUUCUCACGCUCCUCAUCAGCCCAUAGCUUUCUAUUGGCCUCACCUCCGAAUCCUAGGACUUGCUCUGCUAACACCCUGGUCCCAGCCUCCAGCCCCUUCCACCUGGCUUAUUGGGGCCUGGAGCAAUAUCCAGCACAGAGUAGACACUCAGCAAAUAUUUGGAAUAGAAGAUGAACAAACCCAUAACACCAUCAACAUAUGUGCGCUGCCUCAAUGUUGGACUAAUUAGAAAGCUGUCGGAUUAUAUUGAUCCUCAAGAAGGAUGGAAGAAGUUAGCUGUAGCUAUUAAAAAACCAUCUGGUGAUGAUAGAUACGAUCAGUUUCAUAUAAGGAGAUUUGAAGCAUUACUUCAAACUGGAAAAAGUCCCACUUCUGAAUUACUGUUUGACUGGGGUACCACAAAUUGCACAGUUGGUGAUCUUGUGCAACUUUUGAUCCAAAAUGAGUUUUUUGCUCCUGCGAGUCUUUUGCUCCCAGAUGCUGUUCCCAAAACUGCUAAUACACUGCCUUCUAAAGAAGCUGUAACAGUUCAGCAGAAACAGCUGCCUUUCUAUGACAAAGACAGGACAUUGAUGACACCUGUGAAUAAUCUUGGACAAAGCUAUAUGCCACCUGACUCUUCAAGUCCAGAAAAUAAAAGUUUAGAAGUUAGUGAUACACGUUUUCACAGUUUUUCAUUUUACGAAUUGAAGAAUGUCACAAAUAACUUUGAUGAACGACCCAUUUCUGUUGGUGGUAAUAAAAUGGGAGAGGGAGGAUUUGGAGUUGUGUAUAAAGGCUACGUGAACAGCACAACUGUGGCAGUGAAGAAGCUUUCAGCAGUGGUUGACGUUACUACUGAAGAACUGAAACAGCAAUUUGAUCAAGAAAUAAAAGUAAUGGCAAAGUGUCAACAUGAAAACUUAGUAGAACUGCUUGGUUUCUCAAGUGAUGGAGAUGACCUCUGCUUAGUAUAUGUUUACAUGCCUAAUGGUUCAUUGCUAGACAGACUAUCUUGCUUGGAUGGUACUCCACCACUUUCUUGGCACAUGAGAUGCAAGAUUGCUCAGGAUGCAGCUAAUGGCAUCAAUUUUCUACAUGAAAAUCAUCAUAUUCAUAGAGAUAUUAAAAGUGCAAAUAUCUUACUAGAUCAAGCCUUUACUGCCAAAAUAUCUGACUUUGGCCUUGCACGGGCUUCUGAGAAGUUUGCCCAGACGGUCAUGACGAGCAGAAUUGUGGGAACAACAGCUUAUAUGGCACCUGAAGCUUUGCGAGGAGAAAUAACACCCAAAUCUGACAUUUAUAGCUUUGGUGUGGUUUUACUAGAAAUAAUAACUGGACUUCCAGCUGUGGAUGAACACCGUGAACCUCAGUUAUUGACAGAGUCUCACUCUAUCACCCAGGCUGGAGUGCACUGGCGCAAUCUUGGCUCACUGCAACCUCCACCUCCCAGGUUCAAGCGAUUCUCCUGCCUCAGCCUCCUAGAUAUUAAAGAAGAAAUUGAAGAUGAAGAAAAGACAGUUGAAGAUUAUAUUGAUGAAAAGAUGACUGAUGCUGAUUCCACUUCAGUUGAAGCUAUGUACUCUGUUGCUAGUCAAUGUCUUCAUGAAAAGAAAAAUAAGAGACCAGACAUUAAGAAGGUUCAACAGCUGCUGCAAGAGAUGACAGCUUCUUAAAACUUCAUGGGACUAGACCCUUGACUUUUUAUAUACACCUGUCUCAACCAUUUUUUCAACUAAUUUUGUUCCUAAAUAUUCUUCUUUAUCUUUAACAAGGCAGCCUAGUGCAAGACAGGAGUCAUUAAAGCAUAGGUUGAACAUCCAACAUACAAAAAUAGGGCCAUCACAUCAACACUUAGCCCUACUCAUUAGUAUCACCCUCAGUUCUUAGAGUAAUCCCUGCAACAUCUCCUUCAAGCAUCACCAAACUCAGUUUGAAAAUUACAGGGCUAGCAAAAAGAGCCUUGCCUGUAUGUAGGGUCGAAACACUCUCAUUUGAAGCCCAACUGACUGCACUACUAAUUUCCUGUAAAGCUUUGGACACACACUUAGCUGCUAUGAGCCACUAAUAACACUGGGCUAAUAUCUGCUGUGCUUCUCUGACAGGUAGUCAUGAAAAUCAAAUGAUGUGGAAUAUAUACAAGUACUUUGUAAAUUGUAAAAUGAUAUAAAAUUUAAAGUUUAUAGAUCCAGUUAUAAAAUCCUGUUACUCAUUUUUAUAGAUUGUGUUUACAGCAAUCAUUUACCACAAGCCAAAUAUCCCUUGAUGAUACUGCCAUAAUGAUAUGUCCAUUAUUAGAUUAUUUUGCAUGACAGAGUUGAAGAAAUUUUGCAGAUGCAGUUAGACUUCCUAAACAACUCCCUUUGAGACUAUUGAAAGGGCCUGACCUAAUCAGGUGAACCCUUACAAGAACGAUUCUCCCUGUAAGCCUUGAAGAAGUAAGUACCAUGUUGUGAGAGGGGUACAUUGGCUAAAACCUAAAGGUAGCCUCUAGGAGAUGAGAGCUACCUUCCAGUUGUGAGCAAGCAGGAAAAAAACAUGGGACCUCACUUGCAACCACAAGGAAUUGAGUUCUUCCAACAAUCUUUGAGUGAGCUUAGAAGAGUUCUCUGAACCUCAGAUGAUACCACAGCCUAGGCUGAUGCCUAGAUUUCAGCUUUGUGUGAUCCCAGUAUGAGAACCUAUCUAUGCUGUGCUGGACUUCUAAUAUAUAAAACCGUGAGAUAAUGGGUCACAUUGGCCAGAUGUGGUGGCUCACACCUGUAAAUCCCAGCACUUUCGGAGGCUGAGGCGGCCAGGUCACUUGAUAUCAGGAGUUCAAGACCAGCCUAGCCAAAAUGGUGAAACCCUGUCUCUACUAAAAAUACAAAAAUUAGUUGGAUGUGGUGGUGCAUGCCUAUAGUCCCAGCUACUUGGGUGGCUGAGGCAGGAGAACUGCUGGAACCAGAGAGGCAGAGAUUGCAGUGAGCUGAGAUUGUGCCACUGCAUUCCAGCCUGGGUAACACAGCAAGAUUCUGUCUCAAAUAAGUAAGUUGCAUUAAGACUUUAAACUUGUAGUAAUUUAUUAUGCAGUAAUAGAAAACAAAUACAGAUACUCUCCCAUGAUGUUUUUCCCAUGAAGAUUUCCCAUCAUAUUUACAGGUUCUGUGCACAUUUGAUGGGUAUGCGGAAAUUAUACAGAGCAUAUGCAGUGGGGGACUUAUAGUGCACAUACUGAAAUAUGGGGUUGGACUAUCUUCAACCACAGAGUCCCCAGCAGGGCACUGCCUAGUGGAGCUAUGGGAAGGGUGCUGCUACCCUUCAGACCUAAGAAUGGUAGAGCCACCAGCAGCUUGCACACUGAGCCUAGAAAAGCCACAGGCACUCAACUUCAACCAUGAAGGAAGCCACACACCCUGCAAAGCCACAGGAAUGGAGCUGCCCAAGGCCUUGAGGGCCCACCCCUUGUACCAGUGUGCCCAUGAUGUGGGACAUGGAAUCAAGGAAUAUGUUGGGGCUUUAAAGUUUAUUGUCUUCCCUACUAGGUUUCAGACUUGGGUGGAGCCUGUUAUCCCUUUCUUUAGCCAAUUUCUCCCUUUUGGGACAAGAAUGUUUUACUCAAUAACUGCACCACCAACUAUAUCUUGCAAGUAAAUAACUUAUAUUUUGUUGGAAUGGCUCAUAGUUAGAAGGAACUUACCUUGAGUCUCAAAUCAGACUGGACUUUUGAGUGAUGCUAGAAUGAGUUAAGAUUUUGAGGGACUAUUGGGAAGGGAUGAUUAUAUUGUGCAAUGUGGGAAAGACAUGAGAUUUAGGGGGCUGAGGGUAGAAUGAUAUUGUUUGGAUAUUUGUCUCCCUCAAAUCUCAUGUUUAAAUGUGAUCCCCAGUGUUGGAGGUGGGGCUUGAUGGGAAAUGUUUGGGCUAUGGGGGCGGAUCCCUCAUGAAUGGCUUAGAGCCAUUGGUGAUGGGUGAGUUCUCAGUUCAUGUGAAAUCUGGUGGCUGAAAAGAGUCUGGACCUCCCCUUUCUUUCUUUUGAUACUGCUGCUUCCAUAUGAUACGCUCCCGCUUUGCCUUCUGUCAUGAUUGUAAGCUUCCCAGGGCCUUCAUCAGAAGCCAGGCAGAUACUGAUGCCAUGCUAGUACAGCUGCAGAACCAUAAGCCAAAACAAACCUUCUUUCUUUAUAAAUUACCUAGCAUCAGGUAUUCCUUUAUAGUGAUGCAAAAGGGGCUAACAAUAUAUAAAUUUUUAAUUUUUAAGUUA